AUGGCCUCGGUUUUACACUACCUCCUGCUCGUGUCUGCUGUAUAUGGUAUACGGACGGGUAAGAUAUCAAGUAAAAGAAUAUAUUAGGUCGUUCACUUAAUUCAGCACCCCCUGACACAAUAUAUAUCGUAUACCUCUAACUAUCUUCAAGUAAAGAAUUCUGAUUACCCUUCAGGCUUCCGCAGGCAUUGGCGUCGCAGUUGUAACAACGACAUCGACAAGUUCCUGACCAAUCUCCCCACCUUCUUCAGACGCCACGAUCAGCUCCAGUUCCCGUUCUUCGCUCGGCCCGGCUUCAGAGGCAUCGGAAUUCCGUCAGAAGUCGUCAAUGAUCGUAUGGGUGUACCAUGCGAUGGUCCUGUCAUCGAACCCUUGACUUACGGCUCUUUCUACCUUGACAAUGACACUCUUACUGUAAAAACUACACUAUCCCUGGUGACGGACGAGAGAAAAGAAACCGGAGAGAUCUGUCUGAUUCUCGUGGAUUCUGGAAUGGCUACACAAAGAAUGCCGCUUCUGAAGGGUCUCUCAGCAGUCGGAGUGCGACCUGAGUACGUUAACAAUGUAGUGCUUACGCACAUGGAUCUAGAUACGAUAGGUAACCUGAACAUGUUCCCUAAGGCCAACGUCUAUGUUGGGAACAGAAGAGCCAAAGGGAAUACGGUAUUCUUCCCCAAAAGCAUCGCUUACUUCGACCCAGAACAGACAGACCUACCGUACACUCAGCUGUGUGACAACACCUUCAUCUUACUGACACCCGGCUUCACCAACGAAGACAUCAGUCUAGUGGUGAGGAACGUCACUGGGUACGGGACUGUAGCCCUGUCUGGUAAGUUAGACUUACUACUUCUAAAGUAAAAUAAAAGUUGACCGCUUAGUAAAAUCAAUAUAAUCUAACCAAAAACAUGAUUGCAGGUAAUUUGAUCAUAUCGGAAGAAGACAUGACCUCAAAUGACAGUAUCAAGCGUUUCGGACAGACAGAUGAACACAAGAAGCUGUGGGAAUCAAGUAGAAAAGAGAUCGUAUGUUCUUCCGACUACAUCGUGCCUGGCUACGGUAAAGGCUUCAAGGUAAACGAAGACCUCAAGAAGCGACUCGAAUGUGACAAAGACGACCUCUGA